AUGCCAGGCCGGAUGCUUGGUCCAGGUCUUUGGUUUGUAUUUCUCGCAGGGUUCUUGUUGGCUGAUGCUCAGGGGCAUAUUCAAGGCCAUCAACCUGCCAGAGAUGUUCCCCGAAAUGGUGGCGGUGUACCGGCUUAUCUACCUAAACUUGAAGCAGUGCAUAACUUAGAUGUCACGCCCAUGAAUACAAAGGAGAAGCAACCAUACUAUAAAAUGCGUUUGAGACUUCAUAAAAGGGAUGUGGUUGAGCUGCAGGCUGAAAAAAGAAGAUACACACCUCCCCUGGAAAGCUUAAAAGAAGAGCUUGCCCAACCACUGCAGAUAAAGGGCGGGAGUAGAGAAGGACAAGAACUAAACAGUAUCAGACCAUUUUUUCAACGCUAUAACACAAUGAAGAAUGACCAUGAUGAGAUGAUGAUCAUUGAGAAAAGGGUUGUCAUGCCCGCGUUCUGGAAAAUCAUGGAAGAAAUUAAAUCCAAUAAUGAGAAAAGGGUUGUCAUGCCUGCUUUUUGGAAAAUCAUGAAAGAAAUCAAAUCUAACAAUGAGGAAAGGGUUGUCAUGCCCGUUUUCUGGAAAAUCAUGAAAGAAAUCAAAUCCAAUAAUGAGAAAAGGGUUGUCAUGCCCGCUUUCUGGAAAAUCAUGAAAGAAAUUAAAUCCAAUAAUGAGAAAAGGGUAGUCAUGCCUGCUUUUUGGAAAAUCAUGAAAGAAAUCAAAUCUAACAAUGAGAAAAGGGUUGUCAUGCCCGCUUUCUGGAAAAUCAUGGAAGAAAUCAAAUCCAAUACUAAGGAUGAAAACGGUUUGCAUGUCACAAAAAGAAUUUUUAUGCCAACAAUCUGGAAAAUGAUGGAACAAAUGCAGAGAGAAAGCAUGGAUGAAGAUGGUUAUGUCACAAAAGGAUUAUUUGCACCUGGAGUUUGGAAACUGAUGGAAAAAAUGCAGAAAGAUACCAAGAGUGACGAUGCUGUACAUGUGAUAAAAAGAGUUUUUAUGCCAGCAAUCUGGAAAAUGAUGGAGGAGAUGCAGAAAAAUAAACAGGGUGACAGUGAAAUAAAUGUUAGUAAAAGAAGAUGGACUUUGCCCCUGCAUUGGAAAAGACUGAAAGAAAUGCGCUUGAAAAAGAAGGAACAACAGAAUCAUGAAGAAAAUAUUCAGGGUAAGGGUUACUUUGAUUUGAUGACAGAGAAGCGAGCGUAUAUGCCGCCAAUGCACGCAUUCUGGAACAUGAUGCAAUUAAACAAUCCCAAGGCUCCUGGGUACUUUGAUUUGAGAACUGAGAAGCGAGCUUAUAUGCCGGUCUUCUGGAAAAUGUUGGAAUCGAUCAAAUCAAAUAAUAAGGAAGACGAUUUUACCGACUCAGAUGCCGAUGACUAUUCUCAAGACGUGUUUAUCUAUUUCCUCUAUGAAGCGCUCACAUGUCACCCUCGCUUCUUCGUUCCCUCCUCACCCCUCUACACAUCCCAGCCCGGCAGUCAGAUUGAAACACUGGAGAUGAUCACAACUCCGUCUCAGGGAGCAACCCUGGCUCCUUCAUAG